AUGCUCUCUCAUCUGCGGUUCCACCGAAGAGGGGGGCCGACUACAAACCCCCCAGGACCCGACUAUGACAGCCAGUACUCCUCUAACCACGACAGAUACAACGACCAUAUCCCCCUCCUCGCCACUCCCCUCAGCAACUCGGUUGCUUCUGCCUCAAGCAGGGGCCCGCCCUUGCUAAACAACUUCGACACAACGGCUCCUUCACAACGAGAUGGAGCUGGGUCCUCCCUCCGAUCCUCGCUACCGCCUAUGCUGCCCCCCAUUGCCCGAGUAGCUUCUCCAGACGGCGAUCGAGAGUCUAUCGAGAGAAAGCGCAGCGAUGCUGCCGGCUUGGUGACCCAGAAAGAGAACUGGCCCUCGCCCUCAACCCAGCAGCGUUCUCAACCAAGCAACAUGAUGGAAUCUGGCUUCAUUGGCGGCGUGGCUCUCGAAAAUUAUCGCCGGGGCCUAAAGGCUCAAGCUGACAGUCGUCAUGAUUCUGCGCCAUUCCAAACCCCGUCGACGACCGAACGCCGGCGGCCAAUGCCCGCUCCAAUUGAUACCAAUGUUCAGCCAGGAGCUUAUGUGUCUGGGCAGCCCGUCUUCGUUGGCGGGCACUCUCUGCAUUCGAACCCGGCUUCAACAGCAACAGGACGACGCGGCCCCAACAUGAGGGUUCCCGCUGAUUAUUCCACGCUUCCACCGAACCCGGUCAACCUCGAGCCACAAAAGACCAAAAAGUCUCUUCCGUUUUUGAAAAACCCCAUGUCGACUCUUUUGAUGAGAAGGAAGAACAGCCAGCAUGCUCCAGAUUUCUUACCCCAGCCGAUGAGUGGUGAUACCGACGAGCCAAUGUACGAUCCACGGAUCAGGGGGACCCGAGUUCAUGAUUUCAGUGCUCCUAGACGACCUCCUGUGCAGUCCAAACCCCCCCAGAAUGGCCAGGUAAGGAACGAUGCUCAGCAGCCUACAGUAUUGCCGGAACAAAGCAACACCCAGCCUGCAAUACCUUUGCCUCAUCAACCCCAGCGUGCCGCCUCAUCGGCGGUCGCUCGACCAAGCUCUACACAUGGCCGUAUCCCUUCACCUGCGGGAUCUCAAAAGCCCAGGGCAUCACGCAUGAGUGACGGCUCAAUAGUAUCACCCCUUCGAGCUGUCAAUUCCACCAGCACCACACGUUCAGGCAACCCCUCGUUAGCGUCCGACAUGUCCAAUAAGGACCGACUCUCUAUGUUGCCACGACACAUGAAGAGCACUUCUUCCCGAUUCAGUUUUGACAUGAUCGGUGCCGCCAAUGCCGAGAAGUUGUUGGAGGAGAGACACCGGCAACGAGAAGCCGAGAGGAGGAUUGCGCAGGAGGCAGAACCUCAACCUAGAGACUCCCAUGACUCACGAUAUGACGACUUUGACGAUGAUUCGUUUGACUAUGACGCGAUGAUGGACGAUGACGGGUUGGAGGAAAGGAUUCCGGGAGUGAAUGCGGAUUACGAAGAAGAUUAUUAUCUUGAGGAGGAUGUAGAUCUUGACGAUCCCGACAAUGAUCAGGAGAAUUUCGCAGGGUUUUCCUUUCAAAGGUCAGCCGAUUCCUCGCUCAUGCCAACACCCAACCCAGCGAUGGCAACCACCCCCCGCGACGAAGAGGGCCACAUUAUUGGCUUUGCGGCAUCCCGAGAUAUCCCACGGGCUCUUUUUGGCGAGGACGGCGAAAAUCAGCUGGACCCCAAUCUACUGUCCCCACCGGCCGGCUUGGGUAUCCAAAGCCUUAGUGACCAGCCGCUCUCAGGUUUUGGAUCCGAUGAUCUGGCCCAGGUGCUCGCAGCAGAGGCGAAACGGAAGCUUGAACUGGAUCAGUAUUUCAAUGAAGGAGCGGUCGGAUUUGAAGACGAGUUUGCCGAGGAUCUUGCAUCCAUACUUGAAGAGGAUGACGCUCCAUUUGAUGAGUCAAUCUUUGACAGGAAUGACACGGAUCAAUAUGGCCGGCCUAUAGCUGGGGCUUUUGCAAAGGCCCAGGCGGAGGCCCAAGCCGAGAUGCAAUCCCAGACUCCACAGCAAGAAGAGGAGGGACAUCCUCCCGAACGACACGGAUCCGAUAUGAGCUCACGAUACUCAGGGCAAUCUGGGAUAUCGCGCUCAACAGCCCACACGUCGCUGAGCACUGAUGCUGCGCGCCAACGGAAGGCUGAGAAAGAAGAGACAGCCCAGCCUGGCCCAGAAACCGCACCAAACUCAUUCGCCCAAGAUCAAGGUUCGAUGGAAGCAUACCAAGCCGCCCUGGCCGCAGCAGCCCAUAAGGCUGCAGCUUCCGGAAAGUUCCAGUGGGGCGCAGCUCCAAGAGGCGAAGACGGAGAACAAGAUGAAGCAGAUGGCUUUUCCGGGCAUGGUGGGUCACCUAUUGCUGAGAGCGUGGGCAGCAACGAUGAGUACGGGUUCUCGUCAUAUGAGAAUAUGGAUGAUUUUGAUCUCGACGAUGAUGCUAUCAUUGCCGAGGCCAAUGCGAGCGCACUAGCCAAUGAUUCCGAUGGAUGGUAUGGCCAAGAAUUCGGAUUCUACUCGGCUCCUUCGAACCAGCACUAUGGCUCCAGCUCUUCGAAUGGCAUGCAGUACGAGUAUGCAAACGGGGGAUUCUUUGGCCCAAAGGGAAUGAGUGGGGUAGACAGAUCAAUGAGUGGCCGUGUUGUCUCUCGUGAACCCAACCUGACUCCAAUCACCGAACGCUCGGAAUAUUCCAACCGCAACUCCGUCAUGAGCAUGACGAUGCCUGGUCACGGCUUCGCCACACCAGGUCAAAGCCCUGGACUGGCGCAACUGGCUAUGAUGGUGGACCGUGGCGACGACAUGUCCCUCUCUGCACUUCUUAGAUUGCGGUCGAAGGCCUGGGGAGGUUCACAGGUCAGUCUUGCCUCUAGCAAGGACGGGUCUCCCAAGUCAGAAAGAGGUGAUCUGCCAUUUUCAUCCUGGGCUGGCAAUUCCGGUGGUUACGCUGGUGCCAAUGGCUGGCAUGCCCGGAAGAACUCAGUUGUGUCCGCAACAGCGCCAGAAUCCGAGCCAGGAAGCAUCUCGGGGAGCCCGACGAUUACGAUGAGCCUUCCGAACCUUACCCGUACAGCCAUGGAACCGCCACCUUCGCAGCUGGGCACAAGGGAAUCAAGGCUAUCUGCCAUGUCCGAACCCAGCAAACACCAAGAGACGUCAGCGCUCGCCAACAAUAAACGCGUUUCCCUUUCAGCUUUCUCAGGCAUGAACGCGGCUGAUUGGACAAGGGGCCAGGAGCCAACUAGCCCAAGUAUUCCGACGCCGAGGCCCGGACAUCAACACCGACACUCUACAGAUAGCGUUUCGUACAUAAAGGAAGAAGACAGCGGCGAAACCCGUUGGGUCCUUGAGAGAAGACGAACAGGAGAUUCAGGGCAGGAAGUCUUGGAACGCGAGGUUGUCGAUGGUGGCCGCAUCUAG